AUGGUUGAAAAUGUCGGUUUCCUGCUGAGAGCUGCUACCGUCAACAUUGAUAAAAGAAAUCUCAAACCGAUACCCAUAAUAUUCUAUGUCCUAACUAUCAUUGGAUACAGUUGCUAUUAUUACGUCUAUCUGAUAUCGGUGCUUUGGUUCGUGUUCGUCCACUAUCCUCAAACAGGAGAUUAUGUGGCUACCAUCAUCGUCUUCUCCUUAGGAGCCUUUACGGAGACCUGCCCUAUAAAGUUACUGUUCAUGGUUAUUAACAGAAAUCUUAUAGCAGACGUCGUCGAACGGUAUCUGAUUUGCGACGGCCAAGUCAACACCGCCAGUCGAUUCUCGAAGAACAUUCGAAAACAUCUGCGAGUGGUCAAGAAGCGAGGAACCAUAAUAUGGCUAACUUUAAUGAUAAACGCAUACAUUCACUGUCUGACACCGUUAUUUCUACCCGGUCGACACUUUCCGGAAGACGAGUUUAUACUCUAUGGCUUAGAGCCGAUGAGAGAGUCACCGAACUUCGAAGUCGCAACCGCCAUGUUUACCAUCAGCAUCUCAACCGGAGUAUACAGCCUCGCCAACGGCACCGCUUUUAUGGUAAUGUUGUUUGGCUACACCGAAGCCCAAAUAAUCUCGCUGAGCGAAGAACUCCUCAACGUGUGGAGCGACGCGGAAAAAGAGUACGAAAAUGUCGUCGAUAUUGAUUUGGAAGAUUUGAACGCAUUUAUUGCGACGCGUUUGAAAUUCAUAGCUCGUAUGCACGUCGAAAACAUAACGCUAAUCAAGCAAAUUGAAAACGUACUUCGUGUGAGCAUGGCUUUAGAAUUUUUGUUCCUAAUGGCCGGAUUGAUAGCGGCCAUGUUGGGCGGUAUAGCCAACACCUACUUGGAGAUCCCCUUCGCUCUAGUGCAGAUAUUCAUGAGCUGUUAUCUGGGUCAGAAAAUUAUAAACUCGAGUGAGACGUUCGAAGUUGCGAUAUACGGUUGUAAAUGGGAGAACUUCAAUAAAAGCAACAUGACAACCGUUCUGAUCAUGCUGCAAAAUUCGCAGAAAACUUUGAAACUGUCAGCGGGCGGGGUGGCCAUUUUGAGUUUUGAAUGUUUAAUGUCGGUUAUGAAAUCUUGUUAUUCGUUUUAUACGACGCUGCAAUCGACUAUUAAGUAA